CACGAUUUGGAAGAUCGCUGCGCGGGGAGGGUGCAGGGUCGGAGGAGGGGAGACUCCGAGAGCUCCGAGAGUGAAGCCGUGGCGUCACCGAACCGACCACAACAGCCAUGAGCGGGCGGUACCCCGAAAGUCGUAUAAGUCUCAACACCAACAACAGCAACAGUGCCCAGAGAGGGACCACUCUUCUACCUGUGAAGUUUGCAAGGUCAAGAAAUGUAUGCGAUGGAUAUAGCAAGCGACCUCCUCAUCUGACGUCCAACAGGUCAAAGGAGACCCAUAGAAGUGGCCAGAGCAGCAGACCUCCACCAGAGUACCAGACUCCUCCACCUCCAGCCAUUGUAGACUGGAGUGGCAGUGGCUCAAUUCCUCCCUCACCCAGGGAAAGGAGACGAGAGGGUAAACCUAGAAGUCAACAAUCAUCCUCUGGUCUUCACAGGUCGCAGUCUGUUGAUAGGCUCAAAGACCCAACUUCAACAAUGCACACUGACUUCUUUGCAACUAGGGAGGGGCAAAAGUCAUGUGGAGGCUCACAGUAUGCUGACAGCAGCAGAGAAAGAUAUAAACGCACACCUGGAGACACUCUAGCCCUCGCUGAUGGACUGACAGUGACAGAAAAACAGGCCAGAGAGCGAAGCAAGAGUCCGAGACUAAAUAGAUCGCAAUCUUUCUCACUUAUCGGCUCCAACUCUGAUCAGAGAACUGAACAAGUGCUCCUCGCCAAAAGACCUGGUGCAGGCAGUAAGACACACAGUCGACCAAUGUUUCCCACCACCAUUUCUCCCACCUGCACAACAGAACCUUCCACCACCUCCAGAACCAACAGGCCAGCUUAUUAUGACAAUGGCUCCAGAACUAGUCUUGAGCCAGCAUACGAUGUAAAUAGAUAUUCACAUGUACCAAGUGAUCCUCGGCCAAGGAGCAGAAGUACGACGACUUCUCCAUCUGGUGGCAGUACUAGACCAGUCAUAUCUUCUCCAGCACCACCUCACACCUCAGCCCUGGGGCAGAGUCUCAAGUCUAGGAACACAUCAACUGGUUCCCUGCCUGUGGGUACAGUUCCUCACAACUACAUGGUCUUGGGAACAUCUCAACUGGUUCAACGAGCUCUUCAACCAAGGAUCCAUACUCAGAUAUAUCAGCUUCGACACACAAUACUGGGAAUACUUCAACUGCCUCUUACACGAGAGGUCCCUCAUCACAUAGGAGUCAACCAUCACUGGAUGAAGGUUACACCCACCGUUCAACAAACAGCACACCUGGUAGCACACCCUCAUCCUCUGCUAGACAACGUGACCUAGAGACGUUUCCCGAGUGUGGAGGUCGCGUGGGGCUGGGUAACCUUGGGAACACUUGCUUCAUGAACUCCAUGCUCCAGUGUCUGGGUCAGACUGGAGAAAUGGCCAGAAUAUUCCUGGAAAUGGAGAAACCACACAACAAAUCUCUGGUCAAAGCCUAUCAAGAGCUAAUGAAGAAGAUGUGGAGUGGUAAUAAGACCAGUAGCACUAGCAGCCUGGUAGUGUCUGGUUCAGUCUACCCUCGUGAUCUGAAAGAUGCUUUCAGCCGGAUGAACCCCCAGUUCAGUGGAUUCAAUCAGCAUGAUUCCCAGGAGUUCAUGAGGUUCCUGGUGUCUGGUCUUCACGAGGAACUCAAGAAGGAGACUCGCGACAAACCCACUGUCCCCCAGGAACCCGAUCCGGAGCAGUGGUGGAUGUGGUACAGGGAACUGGAGAAGUCACGACUGGUGGACGUCUUUGUGGGCCAGCUCCGCAGCAGCCUCACCUGCGGUACAUGUGGACACUGCUCCGUCACGUUUGACCCAUUCUGGGAGCUCUCCGUCUCCCUGCCCACCAGGCGUUCGUUCUCCACUACCACCUACUCAUCGUAUCACGGAGUGGGCUACUCUACUGGUGGCUCCAGCUCCUCCGGAACCCGUCUAGAGGACUGCCUCAAAAUCUUCACCGAGGAAGAGAGACUGGAUGGAGAUGAGCAACCAUACUGUGAGAAGUGUAGAUGUCAGGAACCGGGGGUCAAGAAGAUGACUAUUCAGAGACUACCACCAGUUCUUGUCAUCCAUCUGAAGAGGUUCUCAAGCUAUGGACGUCGCUCCAAGCUGGACACCUCGGUCACCAUCCCCCACACCCUCAAUGUCUCUGACUACACCACCAGGGGACCCUCUUGUGAUGUCUCAGACAAGCAGUAUGAGCUGUACGGGGUGUCGAACCACUCGGGGACCGUCUACUUUGGCCACUACACUGCCUGGUGCAAGCACUACUCCAGCAACAAGUGGUUCUCCUACAAUGACAGCCAGGUGUCACCACUGACAGUUCAAACCCCGACCUUCUCCAGCUCCGCUGCCUACGUCCUGUUCUACAGGAGGAGCGGCAAACUCACCACCAGAUGCUAGACCUGUCGUCUCCUCCCCCAGUAUCCAGACAUCUCCUCUCUCUCUCCCUCUCCUUCUUCACUCACUCAUUCACUAACUCACUAGUGCUAUCCAUUGUGUGUGUCUCUCUUUGUGAACCGCAAUCUUGCACUGUGUGAAUCUUGUCCGGCAGGCAUUCCUGUCAAUCACAACUGACAUUUCUUAUGAAGACACAAUAUUCUUCAGCUGCGAUAUAGUAUAGCGAGGCAAAUAGCAAACUAUUUGAGUGCAUGCAUGGUGUAACCUGAGCUGCUCGCAUUUGAUGUGCUGUAAUCAUGUCACACGCUACAGUCUAUAAUACAGUGGAGCAGGUGGUACUAUGUUGACUUGAGAUGUAUAUACUUGUGGGCCAGUGUAAUUUCACUAAUUGCCGUAUCCUGUGUGUACACCAUGGAGCAGUCCCUCUCAUAUCACAAAAUCACGGAAGAAAGGUGUAGGCAUGCCAUGGCUCCCAACUAGCCCAGCUACA